GUCGAAUGACACGACUGAAUAUCAAAAGAAUUGUUGCUAAAAAAGCAAACAAAAAUGGUAUUAGUGAUAUCACAAGAUACUUUCGAUAACGCAGUACGUGAAAACAUCGAAGACCUAGGGCUAGAACCCGAAGAAGCGUUACAAGAAGCAGUAAAACAAUUCGAAAGUCAAGGUGUUGAUUUAAGUUCAAUUAUAAAAGAACUCAGUAUAUCCCCUUCGGUUAAAGCAAACAUCGAAACGGAAAUAACUAAAUUAAAAAAAUUAACUAAAAAAGAUACCCCCGAUAAAGAACUUAUGGACCAAAUGGAAAUAAUCAAAGAAGAAUGUGAUAAAGGGCUAGUAAAUAGAGUAGGUGUAGGUAAAGCCGGAGCGUAUAACGCCCUAUUAGACGUAUUGGAAGUGAAAAAAUCGUAUGUGGCAGUCGAAAGAACGUGUUUGAAGACUUUAAUUUCCCUAAUGAACAAACAACCCGAUUUAUUAGACGAACGCGGUGUUAAAUUGAUGCUCGCUUUUUUGAAUAUAAAAACAGACUUCGACGUUAAGAAAUUAACGUUAAGAUGGAUAAAAAGUUGUUGCGUUUUACACGAAAACAACAGACAAAAUAUUUUCGACGCGAACAUUUUGGAUAAAUUGAAAGAUUUAUUGAACGACGGUAGCUCGGAUAUUUUAAGGGAAGUUUUGGCAGUGUGUAGAUCUCUGGUAUUGGACGACGAUGUUAGAGUAGAGUUUGGUAAGGCCCACGAACACGCUAGAAUCAUAGCCAGCGAGAUAUUGUGCCCUUUGACUCAAUUGAUGGCGCGUUUUAAAGGUGACGAGCCUUUCAUACACGAUUUAAUGUUGACGGUGUCGGCUUUGAUGGUGAGGACGGAAUUUUGUAAAAAGGUCCACGACGCCGGGGGUAUUGAAAUGAUAGCCGAAGUUAUGAAUUAUUUUAGUGGUAAUGAGAGAAUCAACAAGCAGUGCUUCAAACUCAUCAAAUGUUUGGCUGGUAACGACAUCUGUAAAGCGAAUAUGUUACAUAAAAAUAUGGCCCCCGCUAUUACGAAAGCCCUAACGGUGAAUAAGGGAAACGUUUCAACCGCAGUAUCCGGUUUAACUGCCAUAGCGGCUUUAACCCUCAGAUCACCGGAAAAUAGCAAAACGUUAUUCGAAGCCGAUAUACCGGCCGCCAUUGUCGAUAUAAUGAAAAUGUAUCCGGAUAAUAAGGAAGUGCAGAAAUCGGCGAGUCGCGCCGUCAGAAAUAUGGUAUCCAGGAGCCGUUAUCAAAACAAGACGUUCAUCGAACUCGGUAUCGAUGAAAUUCUUCAAUCGGAUUUGAAAAAAUUCAAAGACAUCGAAUACGAUAUCAAAGCGGCUUUAAGAGAUUUGGGUUGCAACGUCAAAUUCAACGAAGAAUGGACCGGUAAAGGCGGCGCUUUAACCACCGGCGGCAAACUUUCCUAACCUAACUAUGUAUAUAUAACAAAUUUUACGCGAACGGCUUUUUUGUAUAACAUUUCGGUGAUUCUUACCAAAAAAAAAUUCGUUACGUCAAAUUUUCGUGCUAAAAAGUUGUUAUUUUCCAAAAUGUUCGUACCACCCUCGUAAUCAUUAUUUCCUUGUCGCGGUAUGUUUCGUAAUAUUCAUGGAGGAACCAAAAAAAACUUGGAAAGUGCGAUUUUUUUGGUGAAAAGUUCGUUUUUUGCGUGCUUCUCCCAAUAUUUCGUAACACCCUCGUAAUUAUUGGUUCGUUGUUGUGGUAUAUUUCGUAAUAAUCAUGGAGGAACCGACGGAGAUCGUGAAUGAUCCAAAAAAACUUGGAAAGUGCGAUUUUUUUGGCGAAAAGUUCGUUUUUUACGUGCUUCUCCCAAUAUUUCGUAACACCCUCGUAAUUAUUGGUUCGUUACUGUGAUAUAUUUCGUAAUAUUCAUGGAGGAACCAACGGAGAUCGUGGAUGAUCCAAAAAAACUUGGAAAGUGCGAUUUUUUUGGCGAAAAGUUCGUUUUUUACGUGCUUCUCCCAAUAUUUCGUAACACCCUCGUAAUUAUUGGUUCGUUGUUGUGGUAUAUUUCGUUAUAAUCAUGGAAGAACCGAUGAAGAUAGUAAAUGACUCAAAAAAACUUGGAAAAUGCGAUUUUUUUGGUGAAAAGUUCGUUUUUUGCGUGUUUCUCGCAAUAUUUCGUACCGCCCUCGUAAUUAUUGGUUCGUUGUUGUGGUAUAUUUCGUAAUAACCAUGGAAGAACCGACGGAGAUCGUGAAUGAUCCAAAAAAACUUGGAAAGUGCGAUUUUUUUGACGAAAAGUUCGUUUUUUGCGUGUUUCUCGCAAUAUUUCGUACCGCCCUCGUAAUUAUUGGUUCGUUGUUGUGGUAUAUUUCGUAAUAAUCAUGGAGGAACCGACGGAGAUCGUGAAUGAUCCAAAAAAACUUGGAAAGUGCGAUUUUUUUGGCGAAAAGUUCGUUUUUUACGUGCUUCUCCCAAUAUUUCGUAACACCCUCGUAAUUAUUGGUUCGUUGUUGUGGUAUAUUUCGUAAUAAUCAUGGAGGAACCGACGGAGAUCGUGAAUGAUCCAAAAAAACUUGGAAAGUGCGUUUUUUUGGUGAAAAGUUCGUUUUUUGCGUGUUUCUCCCAAUAUUUCGUACCACCCUCGUAAUUAUUGGUUCGUUGUUGGGAUAUAUUUCGUAAUAUUCAUGGAGGAACCAACGGAGAUCGUGGAUGAUCCAAAAAAACUUGGAAAGUGCGAUUUUUUUGGCGAAAAGUUCGUUUUUUACGUGCUUCUCCCAAUAUUUCGUAACACCCUCGUAAUUAUUGGUUCGUUGUUGUGGUAUAUUUCGUUAUAAUCAUGGAAGAACCGAUGAAGAUAGUAAAUGACUCAAAAAAACUUGGAAAAUGCGAUUUUUUUGGUGAAAAGUUCGUUUUUUGCGUGUUUCUCGCAAUAUUUCGUACCGCCCUCGUAAUUAUUGGUUCGUUGUUGUGGUAUAUUUCGUAAUAACCAUGGAAGAACCGACGGAGAUCGUGAAUGAUCCAAAAAAACUUGGAAAGUGCGAUUUUUUUGACGAAAAGUUCGUUUUUUGCGUGUUUCUCGCAAUAUUUCGUACCGCCCUCGUAAUUAUUGGUUCGUUGUUGUGGUAUAUUUCGUAAUAAUCAUGGAGGAACCGACGGAGAUCGUGAAUGAUCCAAAAAAACUUGGAAAGUGCGAUUUUUUUGGCGAAAAGUUCGUUUUUUACGUGCUUCUCCCAAUAUUUCGUAACACCCUCGUAAUUAUUGGUUCGUUGUUGUGGUAUAUUUCGUAAUAAUCAUGGAGGAACCGACGGAGAUCGUGAAUGAUCCAAAAAAACUUGGAAAGUGCGUUUUUUUGGUGAAAAGUUCGUUUUUUGCGUGUUUCUCCCAAUAUUUCGUACCACCCUCGUAAUUAUUGGUUCGUUGUUGUGGUAUAUUUCGUAAUAAUCAUGGAAGAACCGACGGAGAUCGUGAAUGAUCCAAAAAAACUUGGAAAGUGCGAUUUUUUUGGUGAAAAGUUCGUUUUUUGCGUGUUUCUCGCAAUAUUUCGUACCGCCCUCGUAAUUAUUGGUUCGUUGUUGUGGUAUAUUUCGUAAUAACCAUGGAAGAACCGACGGAGAUCGUGAAUGAUCCAAAAAAACUUGGAAAGUGCGAUUUUUUUGACGAAAAGUUCGUUUUUUGCGUGUUUCUCCCAAUAUUUCGUACCACCCUCGUAAUUAUUUGUCCUUGUUAUGGAAUAUCCCAUGGAGAUCAUGGAUGAACAAAAAAAAUUGGAAAUUGUGAUUUUUAUGGUGGAAAGUUCGUUUUUUUACGUAUUUUUUGCAAUAUUUUCUACCACCCUCGUAAUUCUCUGGUCGUCCUUGCGACAUAUUUCGUAAUAAUCAUCGUGGAACUGAUGGAGGCCAUUGAAGACGUUCUAAUGACGUUUUUUUUUUACGAAACUACGUGAUUUUUUUUUAAUUUUUGGGUCAAAAAGUUUCUAAUUUUUAUUUCAGUCCAAAAAAGCGUCAAGUUUUUAGAAAAAUGUCAAUUUAUGAUCGUUUUUUGAACUUGGAAAGUAAUUUUAAGUCCUUGAAUGUAUAUUAGGGGGUUCAAGUCCUGAUAAUCCACAACUUAGUUAAUUUCCUUGAUGGUGGUACUUGAAUUUUGAUUUAAAAGAACGAAAAACUAUUUUUUUUUUGUCGUUUCUAUUAAUUUUUGGUAUCAAUCACAAUUUUUCUUAUUUAUUAAUAGAUUAAUAUAAAAAAAUUUUAUACCGCAUUUUUUUUAAAUAUAAUUUUUUAAUAACAA